AUGCCUGCAGAAGUUCAAGUCCCACUAACAACGUAUGAACGUCUUCAGAAAUACCAGAAUCAAUUCUCGGAUGCCCUCCGCCAUCCUGAUUCCCCGGACUGGUUCAACAAGGAAAUCAACGAAAAGUUGAAGAAAGACCUUCUCUGGGCAGCUCCAUAUGAUGCACGCUUCCCGCAGGUGCGUAAACAGCGCCAGUGCUUCGCUUACUACGUCGAUUUCCAUCGCUGCAAUGAACUGAUGGGAAGGGACUACAAACCUUGCAAAUUUUUCCAAAAUGUGUACAAGGACAUCUGCCCUAACUUCUGGAUUGAGAAGUGGGACGAGCUUAUCGAAGAAGGCCGUUUCCCAGCGAAAUUUGACCGUUAG